GUACGUCAUUACGUAUGGUACGUGUUAACCAAAGACGUUACGUUAAUUCCAAAGGACAGGAAGUGUGAUGUGGCUUUGAUUGCUAUCAAUAAUGUCGGCCAUUUUCAACUUCCAGUCACUGCUAACGGUGAUUCUCCUUCUGAUUUGUACCUGUGCCUAUAUCAGAGCGCUGGCUCCCAGCCUUUUGGACAAGAAUAAAACUGGACUACUAGGAAUUUUCUGGAAAUGUGCCAGGAUAGGUGAGAGGAAGAGUCCCUGGGUGGCUUGCUGCUGUGUCAUCAUGGCUUUCAGUAUACUUUUUCUACAGUAAAACAGCAUCCUCUGCAUCUACAAACAGAACAUUGAAGACAUGGACAGAAAAUGCGGCUUGGACUGAUCCUACAAGGGACCUCCAUUGGGUAUCGCUUAGAUAUUGUGUUGAAACGACAAUAAAACAAAACAAUGGAGCCUAAUUUUAACAUGUCUUUGCCAUGGAGACACAAAUGUGUCUGUGAUAGAAUGAGGCGCUGAUAGUCCUGGUCUGUCUAACCUCCCAC